AUGAACUACCAUUAUAUUCAUCUGAGUAUUUCCCGCGCUAUUUUGAGGCCGUUUCUGCAGCCAACCGUUGAAAAUUUGAAUGAGACCGAAUAUAUAAUGGCGCGUGAGCAGGCUCGGAACCGGGCAGAAAACUGCAUUUUGGCGGCAGCGGAGUUCAUUCACGAGCUGCGUCCGGAAGACUUCGAGGUUUUAUGGCCGGCCUGGAGUGCGACUGCAUUCUCGUCCAUCUGUUUCCAAAUUCUGAAUAUGGCUGCCACCUCCGUUGAUAGGAACGAGGCAGACAAAUGGGUCACUUGUCUGAACAAAGUGCGCCGGGAUAUGCGUCUGAAGGCUGAUGUUUUGCCUUGCCUCCAUCUUGGCCUUCUGCGGAUUGAUUCCAUAUUUUGGAAGGGAGUUGACAGUGUGUUGCAUUUGGAGGAGCAUGUCCAACAAGCGUUCGCGUCGGGCUCAAGCAUUGGUCGAGCCGGUCCAACCAAGUGA